AUGUCAGUUUCACCAAUAAAAGAACCUCCGCCAUCGUUAUAUCUUGUCAACUUUGAAAGCUAUCUGAUAAGUAAAAAACCAAGCAAGUCUCAACCUCUUCAGCACUUUAAAAAGCCGCCAAGAAAAGUAUCAAAACUUAAAAAUAACUUAAAACGUUUAAAAAUACUGCGAUGGUAUAGAAGUUUUUCGAACCGUGUAAACCAAAUACCACUGCCAAAAUUUCUUCAAUUUCUGCGAGCUCGAAAUGAUGACGGACUUUGUAAAAGAAAAACAGGAUUUGAGAUCUACUGCGAGAUGGCCAGCAUACAUGGAUUUCACAUAUUUGUGGGUGCCGAAACCUGGCAAAGAAUCCUGUGGUGGAUGCUAAUUUGCACAGCGGUAUUCCUUUCACUUAUUAUAGUAAUCAUGUCAUUUUCAAUGUCCGAGGAAACACCCACCAUUCGCUUCAUAGACACCAUGAUGAAUCCCGCUUCUGAAGUUCCAUUUCCUGCAGUCACAAUUUGUGGGUUCAACAUGAUUUUUGAACCAAGUUUACAGAAAAAAGCUGAUGAAUUGGGCUUGCCACAGGAAAUUCUCGGUUCAUUUCCACUUUUAAACUCUUCUGUAAUAGAACAGCUAGCUUUACAAAAUGUAAGUUGGCUGGAACUUCUAGAAGAUCUCUCUUUUCCCAUCUGCACUCAAAUCAAAAACUGUCAGUGGGAUAACACCGAUGGGAACUGUUUACGAAAAUUGUCAUUUAUUUGGACACUGGAUCAACGUCUGUGUUGCAGCUUUAAUUACCGCCAAGAGAUCUUUAGUUCCCAAAUGGGAUUAAGUUUGUUUUUUGGCACCAAUGGUGAAUACGCCGAAAGUUUAAAGUUUUCUGGCUUGGAGGUUCUAAUACACGAUUCCCAUGAAAUACCCAAUGAAAGUACCUCAAGAUUUAUGGUGCCAAGUGGAUCAGAAGCUCACAUAAUGUUGCAACCCUUUGUAAAUCGAUUCGCAAUAAAUCUGGAUAGUGUGCCUUUGCAAAAAAGAGGCUGUUAUUUCCCAUACGAACGUCGCCUAAUAUCAUCCUAUAAGUACAACCAAAAUAAUUGCCGAGCAGAAUGUCGCAACGAUAAAAUCUUCAAACUGUGCGGUUGCAUUCCUCCCAAAACUCCUUACGAAACAAAUUUGACAACCUGCGAUCUAAAACAAAUGCAAUGUGUAAUAGAUUUUGAUCGUGAUGAGAUCAUCAAAGGAGAACAAAUUAACUGCGAUUGCCUUCCGGCUUGUGAAUUCAACCGCUACGAAUUCCAGGGUGAUAUAAGACCUAUAAAGGGGAUGACUAAUAGUAACUUAGUUAACUCGAGCCACGAAAAGGCUACAAAUGAAAUCCGUCUGCGUGUCUACUACGACUCACCGAUUGCCGAAGAGCAGCUUUUGGACGUCUACGAGAACUGGCUGACAUUCAUAGGAACCUUCGGCGGAAUAACCGGACUAUUUAUGGGCUGCAGUUUCGUUUCGGUCUUCGAGUUAAUUUUCUUUUCGUGUGUGCGACCCACAUGCAACUGGUUAACCAGGCAGCAAAUCCUUUGGCGACGCCGAAGGGCUCAAAGAGUGGGCAACAACAGAUCAUUAGGACUGGCUAAUUAUAAGCUGGCCUAA